AUGUUGUUUCGUCGUAAAUGCGCUUCCGAAUCGGCUUCCCCUCAAUCCUCCCCAGUCAAGGCUAAUGGCGAGGCGCCCGUGAAAGCGAAGUAUGCGGAUGUCAUACUUGAAGACUACGAGGUCGGGAUCUGGAGGGUUCUUCUCUCCAAGACUUCAGGGUUCCGCCUGAAAUCAUUCGAACAACAAGCAUACUUCUACAAAUCCCUCCCUCAUAUCCGUCGACUUUACAUGACUGCUUGGCUUCUUUCCCCUGCCCUCGUUCUGUUCUACUCGUUCUCUUCGCUUUGGUCGGGCAUAGAAGAUGCAAUUCAGAUGUAUUUAUCCAACGAGAUCUUGAGAGCGAUUGAAUCCGGUAUCGUGGAGAAGAAACCCAUCGCAACAGAGCUUUUCAAGGCAGCUGUCCUUCGGAUCCUCUGCAUGUUGUUGAUCUCGUACAUUGGUAGAUCAAAGUGGGUCUAUAAGUCCUCUGUAUGA